UGCCAGAAGCAUAAACAACGGUAAACAUGACGACGACCGUUGUUUUGUGCAAACGCUUUUUUCUCCACCAUCUAUGACGCCCGGACAAAGAUGAAUUUUGAAGAAAACAUAAUUAAAAGACAAAAUUCUAGCGAAUACUUCGACACUGUGAUCGGCCACAUCGAGGACAUAGUAAUCGGCGAAGAGUUUCAGCGGAUGGUCAAUCAGUUCAUGGAGUGCUACUACUACGAGUUUGAACCGGGGGAAGAGAACAAAAUCAUCUACACGGAGAUCUACCAAAAGUAUACGAACAUGAUCGAGGCGCACAUCGUCGAACAUCUGAACCGGAAGAUGAGCUGCUUCGAUAUGGAUCUGUUUGCGAUGGAGCUGGAGAACAAAAAGACGCAGCUCGACGGGGAGAUCUUCGAGCUGCUGUACACGCUGACCGACUUUCUCGCCUUCAAGGAUAUGGUGCUGGAUUACAAGGCGUUCAAGGAAGGCGCAUACGACGAUCUGAGCAAGGGUAUCAGCGUGACGGGUCUGCAGAAAUAGUACCACCGGCACGGGUUAAGCGUCGUAGUAGGUUUGCCGAUUUCUCACGCAUCAGAAGGUUGUUACGAGUCACUUUAUCCAACAGGUUUACGCAUUUAUUUUCGAUUUGCAUUGUAAGUGUACGAAGAACACGUUUAGCUUAAAAGAUAGAAGGGUUUUAGGCAGUGGGGGCGCCCUCAGUGCAUGAGGAUUUCCGUUUGAAUGAGCCUACUGUUGGUAUCGCCGGGCAUACGGUACGGCACCAUCGCGGCCAUGUUGGUCAGGGCCUUUGCUUGCUCGCGCAGAUAGCUUAGUUGCUGUGUGUGUAUGUGUAUGUAUUUGUGUUAAAGACAGAACAGAAAAUAAUCAUUAUUAACACAUGUUGCGGUAAUAUGCUUUUAAAAUACACUUGGUUACUUACGUUCUUUUUGCCAAGAUCGUCGAAUUUGGCCA